UCAGACAAGGAGUCCAUCCUGACCAUCCUCCAGGUUCUCGGAGAUCUGCUUUCUGUUGGCACCGACCGAAGGAUUCGCUACAUGAUCAGUAAAGGGGGCAGCGAGGCCCUUCUGCAGACCCUGGUGGACACAGCCAGGACAGAUUCUCCAGACUAUGAUGUCCUCCUGCCCCUCUUCCGACUGCUGGCCAAAGUUGGCCUACGAGAUAAAAAGUUUGGACAGAAGGCACUAGAAUUGGAAGCACUCGAUGUGACAUUGAUUCUGGCCAGGAAAAACCUGUCCCACAGCCAGAACCUCCUUCACUGUCUCUGGGCUCUGCGUGUGUUCACCUCUAGUGUCACCACGGGGGCCAUGCUGGGAAUUAAUGGAGCAAUGGAACUGCUUUUCAAGGUUAUCACCCCUUAUACCCAGAAGCACACCCGAGUAAUCAGGGCAGCCACCGAAGUUCUGGCAGCAUUGCUGAAAUCCAAGUCUAACAGCCGCAGGGCUGUGAACAGAGGCUACGUCACCAGCUUGCUCUGGCUGCAUCAAGACUGGCACCACCAAGACGUCGCCAAUACCUACGUGCUGAUCCGCCGGGCGCUCCUGCUCAGCCUCAAGCACAUUGCCAACCUCCGGUCUGGCAGGGAGGCCUUCCUGGCAGCCCAGGGCAUGGAGAUCCUCUUCAGCACCACCCAGAACUGCCUGGACGACAAAAUCUUGGAGCCUGUCAUCUCCAUCGUAAUUCAGAUCCUUAGACAGUGUUACCCAAAGAGCCCGCUUCCCCUGGUCACACCCAGCAGUGCUUAUGCCUUCCCGGUCCCUGGGAGCAUCCCCUCCGAACCUCCGUGUGUUCUAGCCGAAGAGGAUUUUGAAGAUGAUGCCGAUGAGGAAGUGGAUAAAGAUUCAGACUCCAAAGAUAUGAAAGAGCAAGAUGAUGACUUGGAAACGGAUGUGAACAAGCUAAGUUCCAAACCUGGUCUUGACCGACCCGAAGAGGAACUGAUGCAGUAUGAGGCGAUGUGUCUUGAGCUCUCCUGCAGCUUUGAGGAACUCGAGUCUAAACCUGCAGAUGAUUUAAACUUUGAAGAGACUCAGCAUGCCAAGCACUACCACAUUCCGACUGCAGCCUCCCCAACGCAGCAUUGUUUGACUGAGGACCAACGCUCCUGGGGGCAAGAAAGAGAAGACAUGGUCCAGACUUCCCUCCUGAGUAUGGUGAAGAUGGGGAGGUCCGCCAUGCAUCCAGCCUCCAAAAAAGGCCCUGGGAACACCGCAUACCAAAACAUGCAAUCAAAUGGUCUUGGGAUAGAUUCUUUUGGAAAAGAAAUCCCUGACAUUCAAGCUUCCCUCAAACAGGAUGCUUGGGAUAUAGACGUGAUUUCCUGCCCAGUGAUGAGUGCCUCCUUCUCCAAUUCCACUAGGCCUACAGAAACUGCUGAAGUAAUAGAUAAGCUUCUGCAGACACAUCCCAAGCAUAUCCCCUUCCAUGACCCCUCUCUUUAUAUGGCCAAAGCCAGAAGAACCAGAUCUGUAGCCAACUUCAAGAGGAUGGCAUUUCCUGACCUCUGGGGUCACCGUCCACCUCCCUCUGCUCAGUCAAUGCUGGAGCGCAAGUGUGGACUCCAAAGGAUCAAGAUAUUUGAGGAUGUCCGGAGGCUCAUCCAGCCAAGUGAUGUUAUAAAUAAAGUCGUCUUCAGUUUAGAUGAGCCUUGGCCGUUGCAAGACACCGCGUCUGACUGCUUGCGGUUCUCCUCCAAGUUUGAGUCAGGAAAUCUUCGCCAAGCCAUCCAAGUGCGUGAGCGGGAAUACGACUUGCUGGUCAACACUGACGUGAAUAGCAGCCAGCACCAGCAGUGGUUCUACUUCAAGGUGAGCGGCAUGAGAGCUGCCGUCCCUUACCGCUUCAACAUCAUCAACUGUGAGAAGCCCAACAGCCAGUUUAAUUACGGGAUGCAGCCAACUGUGUAUUCUGUGAAGGAGGCUCUUCUUGGCAGACCCACCUGGAUACGGAUGGGCUAUGAAAUCUGUUAUUACAAAAAUCAUUAUCGCCAGAGUGCAGCCGUCAUGGGGGGAGCGUCUAAGAAGUGUUUUUAUACCCUCACCUUUGUGGUCACUUUCCCGCACAAUGAGGAUGCCUGCUACCUGGCCUACCACUAUCCCUACACCUACACAGCCCUCCUGACUCACCUUGACAUCCUGGAAAAAAGCGUGAACCCCAAGCAAGUCUACUUCCGCCAGGAUGUUCUCUGCCAGACGCUGGGAGGGAAUUCGUGUCCAUUGGUGACUAUCACGGCCACGCCUGAGUCUAAUAGCGCUGACCACCUGGAGCAGUUCCGGCAGCGUCCAUACCAGGUGAUCACUGCCCGAGUGCACCCGGGAGAGAGCAAUGCCAGCUGGGUGAUGAAGGGGGCCCUGGAGUUCCUGGUCAGCAGUGACCCCGUGGCUAGACUCCUGAGGGAAAACUUCAUUUUCAAGAUCAUCCCCAUGCUCAAUCCAGAUGGUGUCAUCAAUGGCAACCACAGAUGCUCACUGAAAGGGGAGGAUUUAAACAGACAAUGGCUCUCUCCCAGUGCUCAUCUUCAGCCAACAAUCUACCAUGCCAAAGGACUCCUGUACUACCUGAGCAGUGUGGGCCGAAGUCCCAGGGUCUUCUGUGAUUUCCAUGGCCACUCUCAAAAGAAGAAUGUAUUCCUUUAUGGCUGUAGCAUCAAGGAGACCUUGUGGCAAGCAGAGUCCACUGUGGGCACAUCGACUCUCUUGGAAGACAUCGGCUACAGGACUCUUCCCCAAAUCCUUGAUAAGCUAGCCCCAGCAUUCACGAUGAGCAGCUGCAGCUUCCUCGUGGAGAAAUCCCGAGCCUCCACAGCCCGGGUGGUGGUGUGGAGAGAGAUGGGGGUGUCCAGAAGCUACACCAUGGAGAGCAGCUACUGUGGUUGCAACCAGGGACCCUAUCAGGGUCUCCAGUUUGGCACCAGUGAGCUGGAGGAGAUGGGAGCCAUGUUCUGCUUGAGUCUCCUCAUCUUGGAACUCAAGUCUGUAAGCUGCAGCCAUCAGCUCCUGACCUGGGCAGCAACUCUCCUGAAUGCUGAUGAAGAGACCCUGGACCACCACCUCCAGGGGUGUUCGGGGGCACCUGGCAGCGUGACCUCAGAACUGGAUGAUGAGCCCCCCUGCAUGGAGGAGAUUGAUUACAGUACAGACAGCAGCUCAGACCCAGAAGGGAGCUUCUCUGAGCUGGACCGGCAGAUCCAAGAGUGCGCUUUCCACAAGGAUGAGGGAGGGGAAGAAGAAGAGGGGCCAGGCCAGGGAAGAAAAGCCAUCCCUUAG